AUAUAUAUAUAGACACCCCAAAACAUUUGCAUCACCCUUUAUGUUCAUUUCUCUCUCUCUCAAAACUCGAAGGCUCAAGCUCAAGCCUCUGUCACUCUCUCUCUUGUAGCUAUAUAUAUAUAUAUGAACAUGAAUGAUUAUGGAGAUGAUAGGCCGUGUUGUUAUUUUCAUCCCAAGGAGGUGAUUGUAGGGGUGUGUCCCUUGUGCUUGAGGGAGAGGCUUCUCAUCUUGGCAUCAAAAGAAGGGCACCAGUCCCAAACUAAGGGCGCCUACGGGAGUCACAGUGCCCUACACAGCAGGAAGCCCCACAUCACCCUCCCCAAGAUCUUUGCUCUGGGUUCCCUUCUCAACCGCCUUGAGCUCCGCCACAAGAAAUUUGAUGAUUCCGAUGAUCACCAUGUUGAUUAUACUACAUCCACCAGUCAUGAAGAUUCAUUCAUAUCAAUCAAGUUUGAAGAAAAUGGUGUUGCCUCGUGGGAAAAGAACACAGUUUCUAAGGUCUCUCUAGAGCACUGCAAUAAUAUGUCCUGGAAUCACAGCCUAAGCAAGGAGAGCAAGGAGGCCAAGAGUGUCGUAGAACAUGCCAAACCGCGGGCGUCGCUGAGGUGGCGAAAGCGGAUUGGGCAACUGUUCCAGCUCAUCAGAUUGAAGAGGAGCAGUAAAGGGAAUGCGUGCCACGUGGGCAGCAAGCUGGAGGGAGUGAAGGUGAGAAAUGGAUGGAUAAGGUUUCUGACCACAAGGAGGAGGACCAAGGAAUAAAGGGUUGUACAGAAAGAGACACACUGCUUUUCCACCACCUCCACCACCACCACCACCACCAAUUUGACUACUGUAGGGGCUCAGUGUGAAUGUAAAAAGUCAUAUAUAUCAUUGAGAUGGUAAAGAGUAUUAUUACCUUUAUCACAACCAAAAAUGUGCUUUUGCUUGUAUUCUUGUGUCCUUGAUUGGAAUAAUUUCUUAAUUGUAAAGGAAGGGGCUGUGAAAAAAAAGCCCAAAGUUGUUUCA